AUGACUGUGCCAUUUGGUGAAUCUCACGAAGCGGAACUUCAGAAAAUCAAUGAAUCAGGAACAAAGCUAAUAACUGAGUCAUUGCCAGUGACGUUGAGCGAUUCAGAAGCCACUCAAGCAACAUUGUUUCCUAUCAAUAAUGUUCUGGAAAUAUCGGACGAAUUAUUGACCCACUUGUUCGACACUUUCAACAAAGAAAUCGAAGGUGGCAGAACGUAUCCAUAUUUUGACCAACUCAGUUUGGAGAAGUUCAAAGGAUACUGGUUUUCACACUUCGUGGCCCUUUUGGUCAAAGGUGACCACAAGGAUGCCUCUAUUUUGAAACAAAGCUCUGCCAACUGGGAUGAAUUGUUCCUUGGGACUUUCUAUAUCAAGCCAAACUACACCGGAAGAUGCUCUCAUAAUUGUAAUGCCGGAUUCUUGGUCAGUUUCAACUGCAGAGGAACCCCAUACAAAAUCGGGAAGAAUCUUGGUAAAUGCUACUUGAAAUGGGCUCCAAAGCUUGGCUACACAUAUUCUGUUUUCAACUUGGUGUUUGUCAGCAACAUUGGCAGUGUGAAGAUUUGGGACAGUUUGGGUUUCGAAAGAGUUGGGUUGAUCAAGAACGCUGCGAGACUUAAGGGUGACGAUAAGCCAACAGACGCCAUAAUUUUCGGAAAAGAUUUGGUGUAA